AGGCAGCUGAAGGGGCCAUAGAGCGCGGGGUCCUGAGACGUCGUUUAAGUGAGCCGAUCGAUUGUUUGUUUGUAGCAGUACAACGGUCCCUGUAAUUUAAAUUCCCUUGAACAGAUCAUAGCGUAUCUACGAGUUUGUAUUAUAUUCAUAUGUUAGUGAAUUUUGCUUUUUAUUAUAAAACAGAUUUAUUAAUUUUAAUCACUGAAAUCGAAGGUGAGCUAAUGGUAGCAACUAGCUGACGUCCAAAAGCCUACAUUCAACGGCCUCCGGCACCUUUCUGUGGAUCCAUCAUGGAGCUGGCCUAUGUCUGUGAGUGGGAGAAGCGUCCAAAAAUCACUCACUGUCCCUCCAUCCCUCUGGUCUGCUCCUGGUCUUGCAGGAACCUGGUGGCCUUCACCACAGACCUAAAGAAUGAUGAUGAGGAAAAAGAUGUCAGUCACAUGAUCCACAUCAUUGACACAGAACACCCCUGGGAUGUUUACUCUAUUAACUCUGGUCACACUGAGGUCAUUUCCUGUCUGGAGUGGGACCAAUCAGGCUCGAGGCUGCUGUCUGCAGAUGGUGACGGGCAGAUCAAAUGCUGGUCGAUGUCAGAUCACCUAGUGAACAGCUGGGAAAGCACCUUGUCAAGCUCCCUCGAUGGAGAUCCCAUCGUUGCUUUGAGCUGGCUUCAUAAUGGAGUCAAAUUGGCCUUGCAUGUUGAGAUGUCUGGUUCUACAAACUUUGGGGAGAAGUUUUCUCGGGUGAAGUUUUCUCCAUCUCUGACUCUGUUUGGCGGGAAGCCAAUGGAGGGCUGGUUGGCAGUGACAGUGAGUGGUUUGGUGACAGUGUGCCUGUUGAAGCCAGGCGGGGCUCUGCUCACAGCCAGUGAGAGUCUGUGCCGGCUAAGGGGAAGAGUGGCGUUAGCCGACAUGGCCUUUACCGGGGGUGGGAACAUCGUAGUGGCAGCAACAGAUGGUAGUAGCUCAUCUCCAGUCCAGUUUUACAAGGUGGUGGUAAGUGUUGUGAGCGAAAAGUGCCGGAUCGAUACAGAUUUGCUGCCGUCUCUGUUUCUGCGCUGCACCACAGACCCCCUGAGGAGGGAGAAGUACCCUGCUGUAACCCACCUCAAGUUUCUGACCCGCGAGAACUCUGAACAGAAUGUGUGUUCUGUUCAGGUUCUGCUGUGUGCAUCCAAUCAGAGUGGCAGUAUUGUGGAGUGUUGGUCUCUUAGGAGGGAGGGACUUCCUGUCAACAACAUCUUUCAGCACAGAUCACCAGUUGUGGUGGACAAGCAGCCAACCAUCUUGAAGUGGAGGAUCCUAACAACCACCAACGACCUGGAACGAGUGUCAGCCGUGGCAUUGCCCAAACUGCCCAUCUCUAUCUCAAACACAGACCUGAAAGUUGCGUCAGACACCAAGUUUUGUCCCGGCCUUGGUUUGGCUCUGGCCUUUCACGAUGGUAGUAUUCAGAUCCUGCACCGUCUGUCCCUUCACACCAUGGGGGUCUUCUAUGGGUCGUCGUCCUCCUCGACUCAGAGAUCUGGAGACGAUUCUACCAUUAAACGCCAAAGAGCCGGAGGCCCUGCUCUCCACUUUAAAGCCCUGCAGUUCUCUUGGACCUCGCUGGCUCUGGCUGGAGUCGACAACCAUGGAAAGCUCCACAUGCUGCGGGUGUCACCUUCCAUGGGACAGGUGCUGGAGAUGAACACCACAUUACGCCACCUGCUAUUCCUCCUGGAGUACUGUAUGGUGACCGGCUACGACUGGUGGGAUGUCCUGCUGCACGUGCAGCCCACAAUGGUCCACAACCUGGUGGAGAAACUGCACGAGGAGUACAUGAGGCAGAACCAGGCACUGCAGCAGGUCCUGGCAACACGGAUUGUGGCUGUGAAGGCGUCUCUCUGUAAACUGUCUACAGCAACAGCAGCUCGUGCUUGUGACUUUCACGCUAAACUGUUGCUCAUUGCCAUCAGCUCCACCUUAAAGUCUUUGCUUAGACCCCAUGUCCUCAACACACCCGACAAGAGCCCAGGAGACAGACUGGCUGAGAUCUGUGCCAAGAACAUAGACACAGAUAUUGAUAAAGUGAUGAUCAAUCUUAAGACGGAAGAGUUUGUGUUGGAGGGACCUCCUCUUCAGUCCCUGCAGCAGCUCAUCCAGUGGGUUGGAGACUUCGUCCUUUACCUUCUCGCCAAUCUCCCCAACCAGGGCUCCAUGGUCCGGCCGGGCUUUGGCUUCAUGAGAGACGGUGCAUCUCUGGGGAUGCUGAGGGAGAUGUUGGUGAUGAUCAGGAUCUGGGGUCUGCUGAAGCCUGGCUGUCUCCCCACCUUUACAGCUACAUCCGACAACCAGGACAGCAUGCAGCUGCUGUUCAGGCUUCUCACCAAGCUCUGGCUGUGCUCUCGGGAUGACGGUCCACCCCAGGACCCUGAUGAGAGCCUGAUUGACGAGUGCUGCCUGCUGCCUAGUCAACUACUGGUUCCCAGUAUGGACUGGCUCCCAGUGAAUGAUGGCGUCAUUGUGAAGCUGCAGGGGAAACAUCCCCUCAGGCUGCAGUUUGGAAAAGCGUCAUCUCUGCCCGGAGGAGGAAGCACCGCCCCCCUGGAUGUCUUCACCAGGAGCCCGAGCUCUCAGAAGAUGGACAACCUGCGCUGUGUUCACAUGGGCGUCUGUCCCACCGAGGACAGUAAAGCCUGCACCAGGUGCGGCUGUGUGACGAUGCUUCGUUCUCCCAACAAAACAAAUGCAAUGAAGCAGUGGGAGCAGCGCUGGAUCAAAAACUGUCUGUGUGGGGGUCUGUGGCGAAGGAUCCCCUCCACCCUCACCUGAACCCAACAACACCUCAUGCUGUUGUAACAACCUUCGACCAGCAGCGAGUGUAAAUAACUUGUUUUUUCACUUUCUAAUAAAAAUGUCAAACUAA